AUGGAAGCAGAUUUUGAAAGGAAGAAAGUCACAAUCAGUUCAGAUAAUCAAGAUGGAGAAAUGAUUGAUCUGGAAGUUCCAGCACUAGCUCAUUUUGUUUUGCUAUUACGUCGUAAAUCAGGAAGUGUCCGGUUUGAAUGUGUAAAGAACACCGCUACUGGACUGCUGGUGAUUCUGGAAAUGGAGCUGAGCAUCAUUAAUGGUCCCAAAUUAGUUGUGGCUCUGGAUAUUGGCAGUACCUAUUCUGGUUAUGCUUGGCAAGAGAGAGCGGAAUUCGAAACUAAUAGAAGUGAAAUUCACUUCAAUACGAGUUGGGGAGCAGGUGCUCUGCAGCUUCACAAAACAACAACAUGUAUCCUGCUAGAAUGUCAAAAGAAUGAGGAGGGAGCCGUUGACCAAAAACAAGAAAAUCUCAGUCUCUCGCAGUCACUUAGUGGUAUCAAAGGAUUCCAUCGUGAGCUGUUAGUAGAGGACCAGAUUGGACAACAGUUGCCCUUAUUUGAUGUAAUGUCACUGUUCAUCAAAACUUUGAAAGAUCAUUGCCUGAAGAAACUGAAGACAAAUGGUGUAAACGUUGAACUCAGCAAGACUCUUUUUGUAGUCACUGUUCCGGCAAUAUGGUCUGAUGAAGCUAAGAAGUUUAUGAGGGACGCCGCAGUUGAGGCUGGUAUUGGUAAACGAAAUGUUUUGUUGGCCCUUGAACCUGAAGCAGCAGCUAUUUAUUGCUUGCAUUUACCUGAAGGACAAAGAAAAGAAAUGAAUGACCUCGGGAUGAAAGGACAGAAGUUUCUUGUUGCAGACUUAGGCGUUCAUUCUAGUAUCAUUUUAACAUGA